CAAACGGUCAGAUACCAAUUUGAGUUCAGACUGUUAGCUCGUAAAAUACAAAUAAAUCAAAUUCGUGGUCGCCAUAUAAAUUUUCAUUGGUGUAUUUUUUAUUUCCAAAAUGGAAAAAGGCUCAUAUUCACAGAUUAUUGAGGAUAGCAUUAGAUUGCAUUUCGAGCGAAAUGGAAUACUGGACGAGAUGCGCAGUGGACUGCAUGUUAAGGUCCUGAAAAUGAUGCGUGGAGAAAUGGAUCUGAAAAGGGACGAACCGCUCUGUGGUGGCGAUAUGCAGCAGCGGGGCUUGCUGCAGCUGCUCAACUACCUGGUGGUCGACUAUUUCGCCUGGUAUGGCUACAAGCAUACCCUGGAGACAUUCGCACUGGAAACGGGCGACAAGUGCCAAGAGAAGCCGCGUGAGAAGCUGCAGCGCGAAUUUGGUGACGACUUUGUCCACAAGGAGCUGCCCAUUCUCUUGCAAAUGCUGAUGAAGCAGACCAACAAAAUGAAUGACAAUAAAUUGCAGAAGGAUAAGUCGGAGCGUAUCGAAACUAAGCGACAGUCUAGCCCGACUAAGAAAUUAGCCGGAGCCAGACCUGUCAUAAAGGAUAUUCCACCCGAGGGUAACCCAAGCAUAAUACCGAAAAUGCCUCGACAAAAUCUGACGCCAAGAGACAUUCAACCCAAGAAUAAUCCAAGUAAACCAAUAAAACUCCACCCGACAAGUCCACUUAAAAAAAAGGACAUAAGAACUCCACUUGCCAAGGUGAAUGUGCGGCAAAGUAUGGUCGAGUCUGUGAAGCAAAAACAAAGUCCUAAAUAUGCGAAAAGCAAGAUAAAUGCAACGGCAGCGAUCUCGAGGAAAAAUCAACAUAGCUCCGAUUCUGAAUCAAGUUCUCAGGCAUCCGCACACGAGUCUGGCUCGGAUGAUGGUGAUACAUCGUACGAUAGCGAUGCAUUUGCCGAAAUACCGAAUAGGUAUUACUAUCGCGAGCAAGAACCACCCGAGAAACUAUAUCCAGAUGGCUUUGGCGAGGAGGGUCCUUACGAGAAUCCCAGUCAGUCGAGAGUGCGCAAUCAGCUGAAUUCACGCAGCAUUGUGAAACGAAAGCCCUUAAGGAUCUAUGAAAUGCAAAAUGACAUUGACAAAGAGAAGCCACACUGCAGCAACAGGGAUAAUCCAAAGUCCAAGCCCAAGUCUUCGGAUCAAAAUACACCAAAGCGUAACAAAUGUUUGUUUCAAUCGCAAAAACAUAUUAUUUCAUCCGACAAUGACCUGCAUAUGCCAGUUAGCAAGCCGAAAUGCCCCGAAACCAUGGUUGGCAGGAUGCAGGAGAGCACCGAGGACAGCGACGAGGAUAGCAAUGAGGAUAGCGAUGAGUACCUAUAACUAAAUUUACUUUUUGAUUAUACAUUUUUAACAAGUUACUAGCGGUUUCUCUAGAUCUUCCCAGAAAGACAAAAUUAAUGUUUAUACAGAAUGACAAGUAAUAAAAGCUCAAAGUUGUUCCCUCUAAAA